UACCAAGGGACAGGAAUAUCUGCGUUGGUGGCUCUUUAUCCCGCUCCAAACGGCCUUCUCGCUGACGUGCCUGCAGUCAACCCGAAUCAAUGGGGUAUCGAUGGGGGUAUCACAAAUGGUGUCUCUCGAUUAUGUAUGAAUGUACGUCUGCAAUCUCGCCUCCGGUAGUCAACCCAGCGACAGCCAAUGCUGACCACGACGUACAGGUUACCACGUUUGAUAAUGGCACCUAUGCCACUAACACCACCGCCCCUGAGUUCGCGGUCACCUGGAAUUAUACCCAAGGCAAUCCUGACCAACCUGUGCAUGCCUUUCCCAACAUCAUGAUCAAUGGGACCACCCUCCCUGUCCACGUAAACAGUCUGAACAAUAUCACCCUGGAUGUGGACUGGACAUACGGAUUAGGCAAUGAGCCUGUUGCAACCACGGAUAUUAAAUCUUUAGACACAGCAAGCCUCAAUGCCAACGUUGCCGUUGAUAUGUUCUUGGACAGCACCCAGGAACUUUCAUCAGACAGCGAGAAGGCCAAAUACGAAAUCAUGGUCUGGCUCGCUCGCUUUGGUACCUCGACUUACCCCUAUGGCAAGCAAACAUCGAUAACCCAGACAGUAAAUGGUGUUAACAGCGAUCUCUGGUCUGGCACGAAAACUACCACAAACCAGAUUGUCUUAACAUGGGUUGUGCCAGACGGCACAACUGCUCAAAAUUUCACGGGCGAUUUAAGAACACUACUUGAUCGGCCCACGGGAAUUGCUGAGGGCGAAUAUCCUUCGGCUACCGAUUAUUUGGGUCACUUCAGUUUUGGCUCCGAGGCUUAUUACAUUGAUACCAACGUCACGUUCCACGUGCCCAACUUUGCGAUAGACAUACGAACAUAAGAUAACGGAUGGGGAAUAAAUAUAUGGAUUAGUGUAAAAUAAUGAUUACUGGAGUUUGGAACGGCCAUAAGUCUUAUACAGGGAUGCUUUUACGGUUUAUUCAAUUUUGUGCAGAUUGGAUUAGGUUGGGUAAUUGGAGUUGCUUUAGCCACUGUUUCGUUAUCAAAUAAUAGUGUAACAUGACCUUUUCUCUA